UAUCAAUCAUCCUCUACUUCUCUACUUCUCCAUAUUCACAUAGAUAUGGCUUAUUAUUGUUCAUUCAAGCCUUUGCUCCUCUUUCUCUUUUUCCUUAUCGCAACAACUCAGGGGAGGGACUCCAUCACCACUCACCUCCAUUUCUUCCUCCACGAGAACUAUAACAGCCCCAACGCCACCUCUAUAACCGUCAUCAACUCCACCACCAGCAACCCCGGAGACUUCGGCAGCAUAGGGAUCUUCGACGACGAAAUACGAGAAGGCUCGAGCGUGGACUCAAAGCUCAUUGGGAGGGCCCAAGGCAUAGCUCCCGGGGUAUCGCUUAGACAGACGACUUGGCUCGUGUUACUCAACUUUGUCUUUACAGAAGGAGAGUAUAACGGUAGCUCUCUCACGGUGGUGGGCCGGGCAACGUUAGAGGGAACCUCCGAGCGCAGCAUCAUCGGUGGCACCGGAAAAUUUCGAAUGGCGAAAGGCUACACCAUUAAUACAUUUCUAAUUAGUGGUGGUCCGGCAGUACACCUUAUCGCCGAGUACGAUGCUUAUAUCGUGCAUUAAAUUAUGUCUCUCUCUUUAUCACAAUACAAUAAAGUGAGCUGUGUUGUGGUUGGGAUCUCAAUUUCUUACGUCUUACGUGUAUGUUUUUACAUUAUCGAUAGAAUUAUAAUAAUAAGAUCGUACAGUGCA